UUGCGCAAGCUGACAAGCACGAUGCACGAUCCACCAGUUUUAUUUCGGUUGUUUCAUUUCACUUCAUUUUAACUCAUCACAUUUGUUGCUGAAUGCCAAUGAGGGACUUUUAAUACAACCACCCAGAUACACAAAACAAAGCUGAACAGUUAACAACUGCUACAUAACAUACUGUAAUAUGCUGUUUAUUGCAACAUUCUUAACAGUGUGGGUACACCACAAAACUGGAGUGGCAACCAUACACUUUAAUUCAGUACAAACUAUAUACAGCAACAUAAUACAGUGUAGUAUUUGUCAUUAGGGGUGGGGGCUGUAUGUGUAUGUCUGUAUCCACAUGAAGUAUGAGGCUCUGUGGUGGAGUAUCAGGGCUGGAUGGUCAGACAGCACAGAAGUCAAAGGUCUCCUCUCUCCUGCUUAGGGUCCUAAAUCCACCCGCUCUAUCAGCUCUGUAAUAACUGACACUGAUCAGGACUGAGAAGAAGACCACCAGCUGAGCUCCGUGGCUCCCGGUUGUUUAUUACUGCAUCAUCCUGCCACCUGCUGGUCCAAACAGCCCAUCACACUAGCCUGUGCGCCUGAAUGGUGCCUGUAACUGUGGUGUUUACGGUAGGCUACACACUGGUUAUAUGAUUAUGUUAGAAAAGAAUGAUCAGCUGUGAAAAAUCAGAAUCACAUGUCCAUCUUCAUGUUCAUGUCUAGUCCGCCCAGUCGAGGCAGACAGCUGACCCCCUGAGCCUGGUUCUGUCAGAGGUUUCUACCUGAUAAGAGGGAGUUUAUCCACUCCACUGUCAUCAAGUGCAAAUAAUAUUCUAAAAGAGUAUAGUGUUCUAUAUGAGCCUUUGGUGCUAUAUAAAUAAAGUCUAAUUUUACAAACGCAGUCAAGUUAGAAGGUUUGGAUAUGUUCAUUUAUUUAUUCAACACCUCACACGUAAGUCAUCAAGACAAGGUGUCGACUGAUUAUUGGUUAUGAGUCUGACUUGCUCUUUGAUGCCUAAUAAAAUGGAAUAAUUUCCCCCUCGAUAUUUUACAUUUUUCAUUAUUAGGCAGAGUCUGGCAAACUUAAAAUAAAUUAUACGUGUUCUCUGUUGGUGAAUUGUAGCAGCUCAGUUUGUUGCUCCAAUUGUUCCACAUCCACUGAUCACUCAGGAGAGCCUUGUCUGCAGUGGAUUUUGGUUCUGCUAUAUUUUUUUUAAUUCGGGAAUGGUGGGGGGAUAAACUUUUGCUCUAGAUAUAUUAUUUGGGGAACUUUUAAUUGUUACAUCGCUACAUCAUUUAAAUAAUAGUUUCUGAGACUGAUUUAUCCCAUUUUUGAUCUGUGCGAUCAGACCUCAUAUCUCUUGCAUCUUGAGAAGUAUAAUCUGGACAAUGUAUAUUUUUAGCCACAUUCUUUGGGGUAUUUUUUUUUUUUUUUUUUUUUUUUUUUUUUAAACAAAUGUGCUUCAUUGCAGAGAAAGAUACUGUGACUUUAUAGCACAAAAUCUCAGUGUGUUUCCAUAUAAUUUCAUGUGAAGAGUGGGAAGCAUUGAAGACUGUGGUCUUUUCUUCUCAUAGAAGUCAGUGACAUUUUUAAUCUGAUUUAGUGUGUAGUUCUUCUGUUUGCACUCACAUCAUUAAUGAAAUAAAUGUACUUUAUAAGUUGUAUAAGGCCUUCUCACCAGUGCUGGGCAUGGAAUAAUUCAGUAUGUUUAAAACUUUAGGAAAUAUUGCCAGUAUUGAAUGUGCUCACAAAGCUGGUUGUGAUUGGUCCAUUUAGCUGCGUCUUGGAUUUUUUUAAAAAACAACUCCUUUAAGAUCAUGGAUACAUCCAUGAUUAAGUUAGCCAUUGCCAGUUUAAACAUCCGGUUGAAAGGUUUUAGAUAUAAGAAUAAAAUAGAAAAAUAAGAGGGUGACAAAAAUUUAAAGUAAAGCUGACAUUAACAAUUACAUUUUUAGAGAUAGCCGGCUCCUCUGUCAGGAUCUGUUCCUGUCUAUAUACGUUCAUUUUUUCAAUUGUCAAUUAAAUGUUACAAUAGUUUAGGAGUCAUGUGACUUUUGAAAAAUUAUUUUGAAAAUAUACACCGGAAGUGUAAUGUUUUUUUUCAGGCUAGGUGACGAUAGGUAGUGUGCAGCUAUUUCUUUGCCUUAUCAGAAUUUACUCACAUGAUUAUGUGUCUGUGUUAAAAGACAGUUUCCAGGUUCAGUCACUGACGUUUUAUUUGGGUUACGUCCUGUGAAAAGUAGCUGUUUGUCCUUCUUGUGCUCAACUGCGGAAACGAGAGAUGCUGCUGACUGUACAAUCGCCUGCCGAUCCACCAAACCUCAAAAUAUGAUGAUACCUGCCUCAGGGGACAUGAUGGACAAUACUAAACCGAGCCGUGUGUGUCGGCCUCAGAGGAUCAGUGAAUCGUCCAAGGUGUUCCGAUGGGUGGACCAAGCUGCAGAGGUGCUGCAGGGUCUUAAUGAGCAGCGGCAGCACAAUCAGUUUUGUGAUGUGGUGCUGGUGGCCGAUGAGCAGCAGGUCCCUGCUCACAGAGCUCUGCUGGCCAUCUCCAGCCCAUACUUCCAUGCUAUGUUCACCCUGGGCAUGAGGGAGGAGCACCAAGAGGAGGUGGAGCUGGUUGGAAUGUCCUACAUCGGUCUGAAGGCUGUAGUGGACUUCCUGUACAGUGGAGAGCUGCAGUUGGAUGGAGGAAACAUCGACUAUGUGCUGGAGGCUGCCCACCUUCUACAGGUGUGGCGAGUGGUGGAUUUCUGCUGCCAGUACCUGGAGCGAGAAGUGAGUGAAGACAACUACCUGUACCUGCAGGAUCUUGCUCUGCUCUACAGUCUCGAGCGGCUGGAUGCCUUCAUCGACCACUUCAUUCUAACACACUUCGCUACACUCUCCUUCACCCCUGAGUUUCUUCACAACAUUCCUCUACACAAACUCUGCUCCUACCUUUCCAGUGGCCAGGUUCAGCACGAUGGCGAGCAGGAGCUUCUCCAGGCCGCCAUGGAGUGGCUCAGCCAGACUCCUGAGCGGACGGCCCAUGCUAGACAGCUCCUCUCCCACAUCCUCUUCCCCCUGAUGCCUGUGGUGGACCUAGUGAGCCGGGUAUUUCCGGCAGUGCAGGCCCUACUGCCAGAGGAAGCCGGCUGUGAGGCCCUGGUGGAGGAGGCUCUUGAGUACCACGCCAGUCCCAGUGCCCAACCACUUCUGCAAACAGGACGCACAGCGCUGAGGGGAGGAGUAGAGCAGCUGCUGCUGAUUGGCGGAGAGGUGUCAGAGUUUGGAGAGGAGCUGAGUGCCAAUGUUUGUCGGCUGGAUGGUGAAACAGGAAGUUGGGAGGUGGAAACAGAACUGCCAGCCCAGCGGAGCCACCACUGUCUGGCAGUACUGGGGGGCUUCAUCUUUGCUGCAGGUGGCAGCUCGUCCAGGGACAAUGGUGGAGACGCCGCCUGUAACCUGCUGUACAGAUAUGACCCCCGCCACAACCAGUGGAUGAGGGGUGCUCCAAUGAACCAGGGGCGAGUGGAUUUUUACCUGGGAGUAGUGGGAGAGUGUCUGAUCGCUGUGGGUGGGAGGAAUGACACUGGAGCUUUGUCCUCUGUGGAGGUUUAUUGCCCCGCUGAGGACUGCUGGUCCUAUGUAGCAGGACUGCCCAGGUUUACUUACGGUCAUGCAGGAACGGUCCACGAUGGUAUGGUCUACAUCUCAGGCGGCCAUGACUAUCAGAUUGGCCCAUACCGCCGAGAUGUCCUGAGUUAUAAUCUAUCACAGGACAGUGAUGUCUGGGUGGAAUGCCAGGCCAUGUCUGUGGCCCGAGGUUGGCACUGCAUGGCCUCCCUCAACCACCUCAUCUAUGCCAUUGGGGGCAGUGAUGACCACGAGGACACCACAGAACGCUUCGACAUCCUGCAGGUUGAGUCCUACGACCCACGCAGUGGCCAGUGGACCCAGGUGGCAGGGCUGCUGCUGCCAAACAGCGAGGCAGGUAUUGCAGUCUGGGCAGGGAAGAUCUAUGUGCUCGGGGGUUACAGCUGGGAGAGCAUGGCUUUCUCCCGAGCCACUCAGGUAUAUGACCCUGAAAUAGGUUCAUGGUCUAGAGGGCCUGACUUGCCAAAACGUAUCGCAGGGGCCUCAGCAUGUGUGUGCACUGUAAAGCCCUCACCAUCAUCACUCUCUCCAGAGAAGAGGAAAAUCGGACAAAGAGCAAAAGGAAGGUCACACCCCACAUAACAACACUGAUGAAGGAUUCUCUCUUUUGUCCAGAAAUACAAGGCCUGACUUUUGACUUAAAGAGAGAGUCACCCUCUUCUAAUGGGAGGUACAUUUUUUGUUACGUCCCCUACACAACUAUGAGGUGCCCAGAGGCACUGCAGUAUCACAAUAAAGGAGAGGAGGGGCAGUAAUGCUAACCACUGAAUUGACCAGUUUCUUUGGUAGAUACAUAAUAAAUGUAUGUUUGCAAAAACUACAGUCUGUGAACUGCCUUUGCAUUCACAGUUCUCUGA